AGCCCAGCCCCGCCCACCGCCCCGCCCGCGGCCCCACAGGCUGUGGGGAGUUGUGGGGCGCGGGGCCGUGAGCCGGGCACGGACCCCGAUGCCCCCCGGGAAGCCCUGCACCCACCCCCUGCACCCCCUUACAACCCUCCCCCCAGCUCUCCCCAGCUCUCGCCAGGGGCCUGAGGGGGGCCCGAGCGGAGGAAGAGAAGUGGAAGUGUCCUGGGAGGGCACCUUCCCGCCAUGUCUGUACUUGAAGAAGAAGGUUGAUCCCUCCCUUCAGCACUUUGCUGUCCGUCUUGUUUUCCAGCAAGGUCCAGGAAAUUGAUGCUUUGAGGACAGAAAAUAGGAAGCUAAAAACGAGGGAAACGCUUGCUGGGAUGAGAAGUGCAAGACUGUGUAAACUCCAAAGUGGACUUCCUAACCCUUGUAAAAAAUAUCUCGCUUUUUACAAUUGCUUCUAAAAUGAACAGUACAAAGAUUUGAAGCAUCUGGGCAGCCCAGAUAAGAGAACACCAAGGAAACAGACCAAACAGAGGAGGACUGCUGCAACUCAGACAGGUGAAGAAAGCUUGAGAGAAAGGUGGCCGAGGCAGUCUGCAUCUCCUGGGACAUCACACGCUACCACGUAACAAAAGUCCUCGUCUCUGCAACCUUUGAUUCACAUCCCAUCCUGGCUCGCACCUUUAAAAUGGUUCUACGUCAUUCUCAAGAUUGAUGCCGAGGUGCUGAUCCGGGCGCCGCCGACCCCAGCUGCCGGGAGGAAUCCAUGAGCGCACGGCCUCGGCUAUGGACAUCGUCCUGUCGGAUUUUGUUCGCUCGACGGGGGCAGAGCCGGGACUGGCCAGAGAUCUCCUCGAAGGCAAGAACUGGGAUCUGAGCGCAGCCCUGAGUGACUUUGAACAGCUCAGGCAAGUGCACGCCGGCAACCUACCCCAUUCCUUCAACGAGGGACGCAGCUAUAAACCCCCGGAGAAAGAGGCAGCCCGUCCCGGGCGACCGCCGCUCCAGCGGCAGGAUGAUAUCGUGCAAGAAAAACGCCUGUCUCGAGGCAUUUCCCACGCCAGCUCCACCAUCGUCUCCCUGGCCCGGUCCCACGUCUCCAGCAACGGCAGCAGCGAACAUCUGCUGGAGAUGCCCAUCUGCACCUUCCAGCUGCCCGACCUCACCGUGUACGCCGAGGACUUCCGCAGCUUCAUCGAGCGAGACCUCAUCGAGCAGUCGAUGCUGGUGGCACUGGAGCAGGCUGGUCGUCUGAAUUGGUGGGCGAACGUGGACCCCAGCUGCCAAAGGCUGCUGCCCCUGGCCACCACCGGCGAUGGGAACUGCCUGCUCCACGCCGCCUCCCUGGGUAUGUGGGGGUUCCACGACAGAGAUCUCAUGCUUCGCAAAUCCCUUUACACCUUGAUGGAUAAAGGGAUGGAAAGGGAAGCCCUGAAGCGGAGGUGGCGUUGGCAGCAAACGCAGCAGAACAAGGAGUCUGGUCUUGUUUACACCGAAGAGGAGUGGCAGAAGGAGUGGAACGAGCUGAUCAAGCUGGCAUCCAGCGAGCCUCGCGUGCACUACGGCACCAAUGGCAGCGGCUGCGGGGGUGUCGAAAGCUCUGAAGAGCCGGUGUACGAGAGCCUGGAGGAGUUCCACGUUUUUGUCCUUGCCCACGUGUUGAAGAGACCCAUCGUAGUGGUGGCAGACACGAUGCUGCGGGACUCGGGGGGAGAAGCCUUUGCCCCAAUUCCCUUUGGAGGGAUCUAUCUUCCUCUGGAAGUCCCAGCCAACAAAUGCCAUCGUUCUCCGUUGGUACUGGCUUAUGACCAAGCCCAUUUUUCUGCCCUGGUAUCCAUGGAGCAGAAGGAACCCACAAAAGACCAAGCUGUGAUCCCCCUGACGGACUCCGAGCACAAGCUGCUGCCCGUGCACUUCGCCGUGGAUCCCGGGAAGGAGUGGCAGUGGGGGAAAGACGACGGUGACAACGUCAAGCUGGCCAGUGUGACGUUAUCGCUGGAAGCAAAGCUGCACUUGCUGCACAGCUACAUGAAUGUUAAAUGGAUCACGUUGCCUUGUGACAUGCAGGCGCCUUUGGCCCAGCCGGAAUCUCCCACGGCCUCGGCGGGCGACGAUGCUCGUUCAGCGGCCGAGUCGGGAGAGUCGGACAAGGAGUCGGUCUGCAGCAGCUCAGCAAGCAACGGCGGCAGCAGGGGUUGCAAGGACAAAGAGAAACCAAAGAAAGACCGAGAAAAGGACAAGGAAAAAGACAAAAAACGGGCGGACUCGGUUGCUAAUAAGCUGGGCAGCUUCGGCAAGACUUUGGGAAGUAAGCUGAAAAAGAACAUGGGUGGUUUGAUGCACAGCAAAACCAUCAAGGGCGGGGUGAGCAACGGGCAGGGAGAUACCUUGGAGAAGAAGAAGAAAGGAUCCUUGAAGUCAAGGAAAGGCAGCAAAGAGGAAUCUUCCCAAGGAGACUUGUCGGCUCCUGUGGAGAAAACCUGCCCGGGUAAAGCAGCCCCCGAAAAGCCGACGGACCCCUACAAGUACAGCAACGACGUCAGGCUGAGCCUGAGCAUCCUCCGGGCUGCCAUGCAGGGAGAGCGCAAGUUCAUCUUCGCCGGCCACCUCAAGACCAGCACCCGGCACCAGUACCAGGAGGAGAUGAUCCAGCGGUACCUCCUGGAUGCCGAGGAGCGCUUCGCGGCCGAGCAGAAGCAAAAGGAGGCGGAGAAGAAGGCGCUGGGGAGCGCGGCCCCCGCCAGGAAGCUGGAGCCGGAGGCCAACACCCACAAGGGCGAGGAGGUGCUGCUCAACCCCGCGUACCACCCGCCCGCCCCCGCGUACACCAUCCAGACCCCGGAUCUGGCCGUCGGCGCUAAAAUAGCAGCUUUUCCCACGGGUUAUUCGGGCGUUUUCACUUUUCCCAGACCUUCCGUGGUGGGUAGCGCGGAAGGGUCGCGUCCCCCCGGCUCUCAAGACAGCAGGCGGCAGGUAGCGGGCGGUCCCUGCGGCAGCAGCCUCCCACCCUACGCCACCUUACCCAGGCACUGCGCCCAGGCGCGGCCGAGCCCCUCCCCGACCGGCCCUUCCCACCCGGGGAGGUUCUCCCCCACGGACACGGACCUCCAUCCCACCCACCCGUCGGAGGGCGAGGGCUCGGCCCGCCUCCCCCCGCACAGCAACGGCUACCGGGAAUACCUGGAGCAGGACAGCUGGCAGAAAGACCCGCCGGCGGACAGAGGCAAAAGCCGAGCGCUUUACAGCGUGCAGCAGACCAAAUGCAAGCAGCCGAACUGCAGCUUUUACGGGCACCCAGAAACGGGGAAUUUCUGCUCUUGCUGUUACAAGGAGGAGCUGAAGCGCAAGGAGCGGGAGGCUCUGGUGCACAGAAGUACUGUGCAAAAAACCGUUCCGUUCGCUGGGACGGUGGGACCCGACUUAGUAAGAAUCGCGCCGAGAAACGAGGUCAGUGUCUCCCCCCCCCAGCAAUAACCGUCGGCGUGGGGAUGUAGAGAGGACACCGAGCAUCCCCCGGCGCCGGGAGGUAAAUGCGCCGCGGGCUGCCGGGCGCUCGCAGCCCCCCGGGGACACGCGAACCCGCGAUAACGAUUUCUACUUGAGCAAGCACUACCUCUGUUCUGCUGAAUCGAAUUAACUCGGCUCCAUUUUGCUGAGCCACGUAACUGACCUUAGGCUGAGGAAUCUUAAACGAUAUUUUUUGAUAAUAGGGCUGAAGAGCGAAACGGUAAAGAGGAAAAAAAAAAAAAAAAAAAAAAAAAAAAAAGGGACCCGUAACCAACUUACACCCUCGCUGUGCUCCACUAUGUUCCCUCCUCCCCCCCCGGCCCAGCCCCUGCGGCGCAGGACGGACCGUUCGCUCCCCGUCACGUCUUGCAGGGUGGGUUUAACUUUAGCACUGCAAUGUUUGCACAGAUUUUUUUUUUUUUUUUUUUUACAUUGUUUGGUUUGGUUUUGUAACCACAGCUCCCAAACCGGGCUCGGUCCUGUAUAGAGCAAGGGUUCAGCGUUUUACCACACGAAAAAUAAAACAUGAAUCACACCGAUCAUUCAAAUUACAACAUUCCCUCAUUAUUAUUUUUUUUUUUUUGCUUUGUUUUUCAGAAAGCACCAAACUAUGCAAUCCCCCUCCCGUGCUGAUCCUGCCCGCUGCCCUUCCCGAGGAGAAGGGACGAGAGAACCGGGCAGAGGAGGUGAAAGUGUACUUAACACUGGAGAAUCACCUGAAGCCUUAUUCUUACAAAUACCCUAAGGCUUGGUUCUAACCUACAAGUUUUACCAGUUUAAUAGAUCGAUAGAUACCUGAAACCCCACAAAUUAAGGCCUUUUCUAGAGGGGGUGGCUGCACAGGAUCCUAACGCUCUGGGUCAGGCCCUCGAAGCCGUUUGCCAACACCGUCAGUACCCGGCGAUGGUUUCGCUCCCGUUUAAGUUUUUUCUCUGGUUUUAUUAAACCGCCGAGCGCAGUUAAGCCUCGCCCGGCCGGGAAAGGGCUUUAAAAGACGGUCGCUGCAAGCCGGGGGUCAGCACCCGCUCCCCCAGAUUAAAUGCCAGACAGCAAAUCUUUCCCUCAAAUUGCAGUAAUUCUGCUUUAUUUUAACCCAAGGGGGUGGGGGGGGGGGGAGAAUAUCCAGCGCUGGUCCCGCGCCACAAGCUCUCGCCCCGGUUACCCUGCAGCCAUCUCUCGCUUCGCCCCAAAUAUUGAGCUGAAACGGUUUUAAAAAAGCAAAACAAAGCAAAAAAAAAAAAAAAAAAAAAAACCUGCCUCACUGAAUGGGGGUCACUUGGUUUAUAGAGGAGGUUUUGCCGUUUUAUUUUUCCGGUAAUCGGAGCGGCAGCUUGCUUUCGGGUGGGGGAGCAUCAAGCGAGAGGAGCGUGACAGAGUUGUGCGUAAUAACAUUUUAAGAGGGGGGGGAAGAAAAAAAAAAAAAAGGGAAAAAAAAGCAGGUAUCCCAUGUGUGCAUCCUCCUGAAAGAAAAUAAUCUCAAAUCCCAAAUUACCAGAGCUGCUGUCA